AUGGUGUGUGUGGCCUGCAACCUCGUGUCUCCCGUGCUCUCCGGCGCCCUGUUUGAGAACCUGGUGCAGCAGCAGCCCUUUGAGCAGUACAAGCUGUUGCUGGUGGGCCUGGCGGCAACAUACACGGUGGAGCCGCUGCUGACCCAGGUCUACAUCAGGUCGGCCUGCGCCGCGGGCGAGGCGGUGCAGGCCAGCCUUCGCUCCGAGGCCUUCCGUACGCUUCUCAUGCAGCGCAUCGAAUUCUUUGAUGCUCACAGGUCCUCUGAGCUGACCGCCCUCAUCUGCAAGGACCUGGACACGGUACGCUCGCUGGUCUUCAACAAUGUCUCACGCGACCGCGGCCUGCGAGCACUGCUGGAGGCCACUGGCUCGGUGCUGGUGCUGGGCCUGCUCUCCUGGCGGCUGGGGCCCGUGCUGGCGGGCGUGAUCCUGGCGGCGGGGGCCACCGCUUUCCUCUACCGCGCCCAGACUCGGGCCGUGGAGCGUGCGGCGGCGGCCGCCGCCGCGCGCAUGGCCGAGGCGGCAGACGAGACCUUUGCCAACAUCCGCACUGUGCGCGUGUUUGCAGGGGAGGGGCUGGAGCGGGAGCGCUUCGACCGCCACGUGGCCGAGGCGCGGCAGGCGGGCCUGGGCUUCAGCAGGGCCAAGGCGCUGCUGGAGAGCGUGAAUCGCGGCGCCACCCACGCCUCCCUCCUCGCCCUCUACGCCCUCGGGGGCUACCUGGUGAGCCGGGGCCUGCUGCCCACGGGCACGAUGCUGACGGCCAUCGGCUUCACCUUCAGCCUGGUGUUCGCGACGCAGGGCAUGCUGCAGAGCUUCAUCGACGCGCGGACCACAGCCGCCGCCCUCCUCCGUGUGCAGGGCGUGCUGGCGGAGCUGCCGCCCGACCCCUCCAUGGCUGCCAGCCUGGCGCCAGGCGCGUGGUGGGAGGUGGCCAACGCCGCGGCAGACGCCUGCGAGCUUCCAGGGACGAGCAACGCAGAGAACCGGCCCGGCGACGGGAAUAGGAGCCGUGCGACCUCCAUCUCCCCUGCGUCUGGGGCCGUGGAUGAUGGAACCCCCGCCUCCGGCGGCCCGACCCACAGCAGCAGCAGCUCUUCCGAGCGCGGCAACACAAACGACACCGGCAUCCCGACCACAUCACCCCGCCCGGCUCCCGCGCCCUUGCCCACCGGCGACGUCGUCUUCAAAGACGUCUGGUUCUCCUACCCCGCCCGCCCCGAGCGGCCGGUCCUGCGUGGCCUGAACCUGCGCCUGCCGGCCGGCCGGGUAACCGCGCUGGUGGGGCACUCCGGGGCGGGCAAGUCCACGGUGGGCCUGCUCAUCCAGCGCCUGUACUCUGUCGACUCUGGCGAGAUCAGCCUGGGCGGCGUUCCCAUCCAGUCCUUUUCCCGCGAGGCCUGGGUGGCGGGGGUCACCGCGGUGGCCCAGGAGCCGCGCCUCUUCUCCGGCACGGUGGCGGAGAACAUCGCGUACGGCGCGCCGGAGGCCACGUCGAUCGAGGUGGAGCGCGCGGCGCGCGCCGCUCACGCCCACGACUUCGUCACGGGCCUGCCGCUGGGCUACGACACGCGCGUGGGCGAGCGCGGCGGCCUGCUCUCCGGCGGCCAGCGCCAGCGCGUGGCCCUGGCGCGCGCCUUCCUGCGCGACGCGCCGAUCCUGGUGCUGGACGAGGCGACCUCAGCGCUGGACGCGGCGAGCGAGGCGGCGGUGCAGAGCGCGCUGCGCACGCUGACUGCGCAGCGCACGGUGCUGGUCAUCGCACACCGGCUGUCCACGGUGCAGGCGGCGGACCAGAUCCUGGUGCUGGAGGAGGGGCGGGUGGUGGAGGCAGGGGCGCACGAGGAGCUGCUGGCGCGGGGGGGGCGGUACGCGCACCUCGUGUCGGCGCAGACCCUGGUGCUGGGCGCGCCGGGCAGAGGCGGGGCGGGCGUGCCGGACGGGACGUACAACGGGAGGUGA